GGAUAUAAAAGCUGCAUUGAGGCACUAGGAAAGUAGCAGGAGCCCAGUCCCACCCAGGCUGAGCCGCCCAGAAGCAGCCCAGACCGGAAUGUCCAGCAGAUUCUUGCUCCAGCUCUUGGGGUUCUGGCUAUUGCUGAGCCAGCCUUGCAGGGCGCGAGUCUCGGAGGACUGGAUGGACCGAGUCAUUCGGAUGUGCGGCCGUGAAUACGCCCGUGAAUUUAUCGAAGUCUGCGGGGCCUCCGUGGGAAGAUUAGCUUUGAGCCAGGAGGAGCCAGCUCUGCUUGCCAGGCAAGCCACUGAAGUUGUGCCAUCCUUCAUCAGCAUAGAUGCAGAGCCUUUCGACAUGACGUUGAAAUGCCUUCCCAGUGUGUCUGAAGAGCCCAAGGCAGGACUGUCCGAGGCACAGGCACUGUUCCCAGAGCUGCAGCAUGCGCCUGUGGUGAGCGAUCCUGUCAUUAGCUUGGAAGGAUUUAAGAAAAUUCUCCGUGAUAAACUGGGUGCAGCUGAAGACCGCAGUCCUCCGGGACUUAAAUACCUAUGCUCGGAUUCCCAUUCACGGAAAAAGAGGGAGUCUGGUGGAUUGCUGAGCGAGCAGUGUUGCCACAUCGGUUGUACCAGAAGAUCUAUUGCUAAGCUCUGCUGAUGUGGAGCUGGUUAUGUAAAACCAAGCCAGUGUUCACAUGCGCUCCCGCUACUUGGAUGAUGCCACCUUCUGUUCCCUUUUCUUAUUUAUUAGGAUUCGAGAAACCAUAACUUACAUCGGGAUUUAUCCUUUGAUAUGAAGGAAGUGUUCUUUGCAUUAUUGUAGUUCUGUUAAUAAUAUUUGUAUGCAAAACCCAC